AUGGCUGAAUGCGGCGAAAUACUGGAAGGAUUUUUAUGCCCUAUAUGUAAAGCUGAUUUAGGUUCAGAACACCAGCUACGAAUUCACUUUCAAGAUGAAGCCCACAAAGAGCAUCAAGACGUAUUUAAAUCUCUUAAAGACGUCUUUGAAAAAGCGAAGAAAAAAAUAUUAAAAAUCGACGAUGAGGUUUAUGUUCCUGAAUUUAGUAGUAAUGUCGUGCCCAUCAGUGAACCACAUUCCAGUACUUUGUUCAGAUUUGAACCUCAAGAAAUUGGAGAAUUUCGAUGCCACACCGCAUAUUUUCGAGAGCUGCGAAAUAAGCGAUUGGAACGAUACACUGCGGAAACAAAUAAGUUGUUAAUCAGACUUGGAAAAUUAAUGUUAGAUCUACCCGUUGAUCCACUAAAGCGGAAAACACACGAACAAGCUAUAGUACCAUGGAUUGAUGAUCGUGAUGUGAAAUUGUGCCCUAGUUGUGCCAGAAGUUUUAAUAUGAUGAGAAGGAAACAUCAUUGUAGAUUGUGUGGUGCUAUAAUGUGCCAUGAUUGCACACGUUUUCUGGAAUUAUCAGAAGCCAAAAAGAUGAUAAACAUGAGUUUUGGUUCAGAUGAUGAGCCAAAUGAAGGUGCAAGUACUAGCAUUGUGAAGAACUUCCCUCCAUUCAGACCUUUAGGUCGGUCAAGUUCAAACAACAGUUUAAAUUCUGUUCUUUCCUUAGUUGAUGCAAAAACUGGGGAGCAACAUCUACGACUUUGCAUACACUGCAAAGAAUUGUUGGAAACACGAGAGAAGUUAAAAGAAACCAGAAACUUGAAGCCAAUAAUUAGCCAAUUUUAUGAGCGCUUGCAGCUUUAUAUAACUGAAGUUGACCAGUUAUGCACACUGUACUGUAAAAUGUGCCAGUCAUUGAAUUGUGGAGAAAAAACGCACACAGUAGUUGAGGCCCAAGAAUUGCGCGGCAAAAUUUUAACACUAGCUGGAAGCAUAGACAACCUUAGUAAAAAAAUAGCAAUUUUGGGCACUAAAGAUGUGGAAAAUCCUCCCAAAGGGCGUACGCUUCAAUUACAACAAAAUAUUAAGAUAGCUACUAAUUAUUAUUUGAAAGACAGAGUAAUUGGAUUACCAUCUGUUCCCACUGAACUUGCUUUCAAAUCUUUGCAAGAAUCUAGAAGAUAG